GUUAACAUUAGCAUUUUAAUAAGUUACCUCUCAGUAGUCACUGAAAAAUAUUAAUUGAGAAAUGGUUGGAAAUAAACACUUGCGGUUAUUUGACGUAUGAAUUUCUUGACAGGUCUCAACUCAUAGUCUCUACAUGACUGACGACACAAAUGUGGCAAUAUUUCCUGGAGCCUCUGGUGUUUUCAGCACAUUGGACCUUACUCCAAGAGCUCACUAUGAGGUUCACGGUGAGGAGGACGACACCUCAUCAGCUUCAAAUACCACAGCUCAACGUUUCACGUUCAUGCGAACACCUGCGACUACUUCUAGUCCAGCUGCGCAGCGGGCUGCCUCAGCCCCCUCCAGAGCCACUGUCUCUAAAACAUUUCAAAGAUCGAUUUUUCUUGCUGAGGUGGUUGGUGGGAGGUUGAGUCCCAGCAGAAUGGUGGUGGUCCGGUUUUUAGAAUGUGAGGCUACCCUUCAGGGGAUCAUCAGAAAAGUGCAAGAUGCCAUUGGAAGUCAUGACCCCAUGGUAUUGACUGAUGCGCAGGGGAAUGCAAUUUUGGAGUCUGAAGGAACAACAGGGUCACAGUACUGGAAACAAAAUGCACGAAAGAUUCUUGCUGUACAAGAACAGGGCUUCCAGGAGUUGCAGGGCACCAAAAGGAGGAGAAUGAGCCGAAAAGAUGAAGAUGCUGCAGGCAUUGGAGAGGUCACUGAGAAGAUAGAAGAGCUUGUGCUGGCAUCAACAUUAACAAAGACAUUUUAGGCUGAGUAAAAAGAAAACAUUGUCACCCAGUACAUCAAUAACACAUUGAGGUUGUAUGGACACACCUACACACACACACACACAGUAACACACAGAAUGAAUAGUUUUUCUCAUUUUGUCUUUUAGAAUUCAUUGAGGAGCCAGUCUUCACACAGUGUUGCCGGAGCAUUAUUGGCUGCAAAACAUGUGUGGAACAGUGGCAGGAGACCUCUGUGCACUGUGCAAAAUGUAGAGGGAACACUGCAGGCAGCAACAUAUUUGAAAUGAAUGGUCUGUCAGAGGCAUUUUCUGUUCUGAGAUCCCUUUUUGAAGAGGAGUAACAUUUUGCACUUUUACACCAACAAAUAGAUAAAAAAUCCACGUAUUUGAGUUUGUUUUAUAGGUUCAAAAAUGUGGGUCAGAGCUGUAGUAGUGAUGUGAAUUUAUUUACAUGUUUGGGCUGGAUGAUGCCAUAUCGAUGUUCAUUGUUCCUGUUACAAAUUUACAGUCUCUAAGUUAA